AUGUCGGAUAGAAAUGAUGAACAGGCUCGCCAGGCCCACGCUGCGCAAAACGCUCAGCCGGCUAGCAAUAGCAGUCAGCCACAAAAACUUACUCCCCAGCAGGCCGAACAGGAACAUGUAAGAGCAGAACUUCGAGUCGGCUACAUCAGUCCCGAAGUAACUUGGCAACGCGGCCAGAUGAAUGCCGGUCUCCCAUAUCAAUAUACCGUUGCAGGGGGCUCCAGUUCACAGCCAGCACAGCAACUUGGUCAAGCCUCUGGUGCUCGUAUUACGAAUAUCAGCAACUUUCCCACAGGAUAG